AUCACUAUUUUUCGUCGAAAUUGCUUUGCUUGUGCUCGGCUGCUGUGGAAGCGUAGUUUGUAAUUAUUUCGACAAAUUUUACAAUCGGCAGUUAAAUAUCGCUUUAAAAUGAUGAUGAAAGUAAUAUUUAUUUGUCUGCUAUCCUUGACAACUUGUUUGAGCCGGCCCGAUGGAUUACCAGAAACGCCCACCCCAAAACCUGAAGAAGCUCCAAACGCUGCGACCACUCUGAAGCCGGCCGAAACCACAGUUUCCUCGACUAUCCCAACCCCUGCCACCAACAAGUCAGUCUCAUCUACCCCCGCCCCCGCUGGUUCCGUGACGGAACCCACCGCACUUCCUACCACAACGAAGAAAUCGGACCAACCUACUGAAACCACGACUAAGAAGCCUGAUCAGACCACUCCGGUGACAGAGAAAGACACCGACAAGACAACGUCUACAUUGGCCCCUGCGCACGAUCAGACCACGUCCACGACCAAACCUGUGUCGUCCACCAAAUCGGCACCUCAGGUUCCGACGGAACCCGUUAAGCCAGUGGUUGCGGGAAGAGGGUUCGAUGGGCCAAGCUUCAUCGGUGGCAUCAUCCUGACCUUGGGGCUUCUCGCCGUCGGCUUCAUGGGAUUCAAGUACUACAGGAACCAAACCGAAAGGAACUACCACACUCUUUAAAUAAUAUAAUCAUCUAUUCACUGCUUUCAAGUGCACACAAUUUUAUUUUACUGUCCAAAAAGUUUAUUUUAGUUCUCUGUUUUUAGAUUUCAGUGUGCACUUUUUAUUUUAUCAAUACAGACAGGGUUACUGCAUGUUAACUAGAUAUAUUCUUAUUAUUCUCAAAAUUGUACUGUAGUGGUGGCUGGUCAAUUAGAAAAAUAGUUUUUUUUUUUACUUUAAUUUUAAUUUCUUUAUUAAGCUACCAAUACCGUAGAAUAUUCAACAUAAGUAGAAUAAUAUAGCAUUUAUCUUGCUGAUUUUACGUGUUUUAGCAUAAUCCAAAAUGAAUGAAUAUUAGAUUUUUAUUAAUAUGUAAGUACACUAUCGCUUUUCACCAAGAAACAUGAGUCCAUGAUUUAAAAAAUCGGGAAAUGUGAUGUUAUUUCUAACGAAAUAUCGGUAUUUGGAACAAAGAUAUUAUUUACAAGCAGCUAUUUUGAGAUUUAUAUAAGAAACAAUUGUGCAAUUUAGUAGUUAGUGUCACUGAAUCUCUAUAUCUCUUUAAAUUGUGCCAUGUCUUGGACUCCCAAUUUUGUAAGAACUGGUUAUUCCAAAUUUUUUCACUGUUCAGCUUCGAUUUGCACUAUACCUUGAAAUACUUGUGUAUGUAGAUUGUAAGUGUAUAAUUAUCGUAAGUGUUACUAUAAGGCAACGCAUAUGUGAUGUGGAAAAUAAGGGUCUAAAGUAGUACCUACAUUGUUUUGGCACAACUGAGUUCUCAUUGAAUCUCCAGCAACCUAGUAGUUGCUUGUUUUACAGGGAAAUGGAAUCUCAAGUCUUGUAAUCUUUUUCUCAAUCUUUGUAGAUCUUGUUGUAGGGUUUAUAGAAUCAUAUGACAGCUUUUUUGUGCCAAAACAAUUCUGUAUAUUUUGUUUUCGUUUUAAUUUAGCACGCUAUUUGUAAACUGGGGAAAGAUGAUUCCAUCCUAAAGUGCUCUUAAUUCUGAACUACUAUUUAUGGAUAGAUAUUCAAAAGGGUUUACAAGCCACUAUAAAAUAUCCUGUCUCUUGAAGUUACUACUGCUACUUACUCAUGUCACUGGUUAUGUUAAUAAAGUAUAAAAAAUAAACAA